AUGUGGAGCGCAAGGCCCCCUUUUUCUCCGUUGAGGGGACUUCCAAUCCGCAGACCUUUAUCGACUCUCCGCGGCAGAAGCACUCGCCUCGGUCCACGCAGCAGCAUAAUAAGGCCCGGACGAAUUCCCCAAACGCAGAAACCAGAUGAGCCACCGCAACAGCCCGACUCCCCGGCCCCAGAAUCUCAGGACGCUAUCAAUCCCAACUACGACCCUUCGCAAAACACCCUCCUCUCCCCUGUCUAUCUCCCAGAAGACCCUAAUGGCGUCCUCAAAGAAACCCACCCAGCGACAAAACUCCUGGCCAACUCCGCGCUAGUUGUGCAGCGCCAACUUGAGAUGAUGAACGUCAUGAUUGGUUUCGAGCAAGCGAACAAGUAUGUUAUCAUGGACGCGCAGGGAAAUCACAUCGGAUAUAUGGCCGAGCAAGAGAAGGGGAUGGCCAAUGCCAUGGCUCGCCAAUGGUUCCGCACACAUCGAAGCUUCGUGACACAUGUUUUUGAUAAACAUGAGAACGAGGUGCUACGGUUUAAUCGCCCAUUCGCAUGGAUCAAUUCCCGGAUCCAAGUUUAUGACCCUCUUGAUACCAAAGCCAGAACUUCUACGUACUCUACACCCCUCCAAAUGACGACUCCAGGUGCCUUGGUCCAAGCCGACGUUUCCUCCAAUGCGCGUGUCUCCCCACUCGACUUUGCUCAGAUGCGGGUUAUUGGCGAAGCACAGCAGCAAUGGGCACCCCUGCGGCGGAAAUACAAUCUGUUCACCUGUAAUCAGUCACCAAGUUCCGCGACGGACAUGAGUACUCGGAGAUUCCCUCUCGCCGAAUCCGGCUUGUCUAAACCGCAGCAGUUGCAGCUCGCGCAGGAUUCUAGCAAGGGCCAAGGUGAAUUCAACCAAUUCGCCUACGUCAACGAGCCAUUCCUGUCAUGGGAUUUCUCCCUUCUGUCGGCGGAGAACCAACUGAUCGGAUCCGUGAACCGCAACUUUGCUGGAUUUGCUCGAGAAAUUUUCACGGACACGGGUGUCUAUGCAUUGCGCAUGGAUUCCGCUGGGGCAGGCACCGACGCAUCAGCCAAUCAGGGCGAUGCUGCACCUGGAAUGACCCUUGACCAACGGGCAGUGAUGCUCGCUACUGCCGUCAGCGUUGAUUUCGACUACUUCAGCCGUCACAGUGGGUCCGGUGGAUUUGGUUUCUUGCCCCUGUGGUUCCCUGGGGUCGGCGGAGAAGCUGCGGCAGGAGGAGCGGCUGCUGGAGAGGCUGCAGGAGCAGUUGGUGGUGCUGCCGCUGGUGGUGCAGCUGCUGGAGAAGCCGGUGCGCUCGGUGAAGUGGCAGCUGGCACACUCGGCCGAGCAGGCGCUGUUGGCAGCAUGGCAGAUGGCAUAGCUGCGGGCGCUGCGGGCGCCGGCGCCAUGGCUGGGUAUGAAGCCAUGCAAAGGGGAAGGUCGGGGAACCAGGCAGCUGAGACACCUGCGCCUGGUCAGUCUACCAUGCCACCUCUGGAUGAGCAGGCUCCUGGACAGCUCGGUCAGUCUGAAGACGAAUGGGCCGAGGAACGCCCCGAGGACCCUUGGGGUGAAGAUGAAUUUGUUGAUCCUUGGAGUGAUGAAGGAUCAGAUGAAGGAGGCGGCAGUGAUGAUUUCGACUGGUUCUAG